GCCUUCGAGCGCCUUCUCUCUUCUUCACUUUUUACUUUUGAUACCCCCUUCCCUACAGCUUGUCUGGUCCUUUCAUACGCGCAAAAUGGACCAGCAACAGUUUGUCGGGCUCCUUGAGAGCCUCAUGCUGCCCGACACCGAGCGUGUCAAGGCCGCGACUGCGUCCUUGAACAAGGACUACUAUACCUCUCCCGAAUCCCUCGUCGCCCUCCUCCAGAUCCUCACCUCUCACCAGUCGCCGCAGCUGCGCCAGCUUGCGGCCGUUGAGUCCAGGAAGCUUGUCAACAAGCACUGGGCAUCCCUGCCCGCCGAUCAGAAGCCUCAGAUGCGCAACGCUCUGUUGGAGGCGACCAUGCGGGAAGAGGGCACUCUAGUCCGCCACUCCUCCGCUCGCGUCAUUGCGGCCAUUGCCAAGCUCGACCUGGAGGAGGGACAGUGGGCGGAUCUGCCCGCGACGCUGCAGCAGGCUGCCGUUAGCGGCGAGGCGAGGCACCGCGAGGUCUCUGUUUUCAUGAUCUUCACCCUCAUUGAGACCAUGGGCGAGAUGUUCUCUGAGAACCUGAACGAGCUUUUUGUCCUGUUUGGCCAGACCAUUCAGGACCCGGACAGCAUUGAGGUCAGAGUCAACACCAUGCUUGCCCUCAGCCGUGUCGCUAUGCUUCUGGACCCCGACGAGGAUGCUCAGGCCCUGAACGCCUUCCAUGCUAUUCUGCCGAACAUGGUUCAGGUUCUCCAGGCGACUAUCGAUGCUGGGGACGAAGACCGCGCGAUGCAGGCAUUCGAGGUUUUCCAGACUCUGCUUGGAUGUGAAUCCGCCCUUCUGAACAAGCACUUUGGUGACCUCAUCAACUUCAUGAACGGCUUGGGCGCAAACAAGAACCUGGACGACGACAUCAGGUCCCAGGCCAUUGCGUUCCUCAUGCAGUGCGUGCGCUACCGCAAGCUCAAGAUCCAGGGUCUGAGGCUCGGUGAGAAGCUUACUCUCUCUUCCCUUGAGAUCGUUACGGAGCUCGGUGACUUGUCCAGCGAUGACGAGGAGGUCACUCCUGCCAGGUCUGCUCUCGGCCUGCUCGACAUCCUUGCCCAGAGCCUGCCUCCCAGCCAAGUCAUUGUUCCCCUUCUUCAGGCCAUGGGACCUUACGUCAACAGCCCGGACCCAGACCGCAGGCGGGCUGGUAUCCUUUCCCUCGGCAUGACCGUUGAGGGUGCCCCCGACUUCAUUGCUACUCAGCUGGGUGACAUUCUUCCUCUAGUCUUGCACCUUCUCGAGGACCAGGACGUCAAGGUCCGCGCCGCCGCUCUCAACGGUGUCGCUAGGCUCGCUGAUGACCUGGCGGAGGAGCUGGGCAAGGAGCACGCCAAGAUCAUCCCAGCCUUGGUCAAGAACCUCGACCUGGCAACCGAGCAACAGGGCGAGAACGCUCAGCGUGCCUUGGAAGUCCUUCGUGGUAGCUGCAAUGCCAUUGACUCUCUCAUUGAGGGUCUCGAGGAGGAGGAGGCCGCCAAGUACCUUGACGAGCUUGUUCCCCGUUUCGCCAGGCUGUUCAACCACUCCGAUUUCAAGACUCAGAUCGCUUCCGCGGGCGCCGUUGGUUCUCUUGCUGCGGCUGCUGGUGAGGCCUUCCAACGUUAUUUCCAAGACACGAUGCAGGCACUUUCUCCCUUCGUUGAGCUCAAGAACAGCCAAGACGAGCUUGACCUGCGCGGUGUGGUCUGCGACUCCAUGGGCAAGAUUGCCGGUGCCGUUGGUGCUGAGCUAUUCCGGCCUUUCCUUCCCAAGCUCAUGAUGGCUUCCGAGGAGGCUCUCCACCUUGACCACCCGCGUCUGCGGGAGACUUCUUACAUCUUGUGGAGCACUAUGGCCAAGGUCUACGAGGAGGGCUUCGCUUCCUACCUUGAUGGCGUUGUCAAGGGUCUUUACGAGUGUCUGGAACAAGACGAGGCUGACCUUGAGGUUGGACUUGGCCAGGAAGCCAAGGAUCUCAUUGGCCAGGAAGUCACUGUCGGUGGCAAGAAGGUGCGCGUUGCCGACGCUGAUGAUGAUGACGACAAUGUUGUCGGAGAGGACGAUGAGGAUGAUGAUGACUGGGACGACUUCGGUGCCGUUACCGCCGUUGCGAUGGAGAAGGAGAUUGCUGUCGAGGUCGUCGGCGACGUCAUCAUCUCCACUCGCAACAACUACCUUCCUCAUCUCCCCAAGACGAUUGAGAUUGUCCUCAAGUUAGUUAACCACUCUUACGAGGGCGUCCGUAAGUCUGCCAUUGGCACUCUCUGGCGCGCCUACACUUGCCUCUGGGGUAUGGCCGAGGGCAGCGGUAUGUCCAAGUGGGUUCCCGGUAUUCCUCUCCAGGUUCAGCCUACCGAGGAUCUUAUCAAGCUUGGUCAGCUGGCCAUGACUGCUACCCUCGAGGUCCUCGAGGACGAGAUGGACCGUGGCACCGUCACGGACGUCCUCCGUGACUUGGGUACUGCUCUCAAAUUCACUGGCCCUGCCAUCCUUGUCAACCAGAACGGCACCGUCAUUCCUCAGCUCACUACCCAGCUCGUUUCUAUCCUGACCAAGCACCACCCUUGCCAGCAAGACCUUGGUGAGGAGGCCGACGAGGAUAUCCUCGAGGAGACUUCUGAGUACGACUGGCUCGUCAUUGAGGUUGCUCUUGAUGCGGUUACCUGCCUGUCUGCUGCUCUUGGUGACAGCUUCUCCGAGCUUUUCAAGAUCUUUGAGAAGCCUGUCAUGAAGUAUGCUAGCAGCCAGGAGUCGACCGAGCGCAGCGCCGCUGUCGGUUCCGUUGCUGACUGCAUUGGCAACAUGGCCGGUGGCGUCACUCCGUUCACCGCCAACCUGAUGAAGGUCAUGCUCCAUCGCCUGUCUGACGAGGACCCGGAGACUCGCUCCAACGCCGCCUACGCUGUUGGUCUGCUCUGCUCCGCCUCCAACGAUGAGCAGGAGAUUCUUAAGAACUUCGGCACCAUUUUCGGCAAGUUGGAGCCUAUGCUCCACGACCAGCAGCAGGCGCGCAUGCUGGACAACGCGGCCGGCUGCAUCAGCCGCAUGAUUAUGAGAUACCCGAACAACGUUCCCAUCGACCAGGUCCUGCCGCGCCUGAUCGACCUGCUGCCUCUGCGCGAGGACUUUGAGGAGAACCAGCCCAUCUUCCGCAUGUUGGUCAAGCUUUACCAGGCGCAGAACGCGACGGUGCAGCAGCUGACGGCGCAGCUGAUGCCCAUCUUCGAGAAGGUGCUCAGCCCGCCCGAGGAGCAGCUGGACGAGGAGACGCGCUCUCAGCUUGUCCAGCUGGUCCAGUACCUGCAGAAGCAGUAAUGCAGCUGCGAUGAAUUUCUGACGUAGAUGAUGAACUUGGUUUUUGAUAUGUUGAUACCACUGCCGCUGCGUCUAACGAACAAUGUAAUGCUUGGGAUGGGAACAAACAAAAAGGAAGGAACAUAGCUGUGGGAUCUAUAGAAUAGACUUAGGCGAAUCAUGGAGUAUUUGCUCGGAC